AUGUCCAUCGAAAUCAUGGAGAAGUUCACUGAACAACGCUCCGGGUAUAUUACUGCGACGAAGUCUGUUGCAAGCACUGAUUACGACUCCGAUAAAUCCAAGGAUGAAGACGACAUUCCUCCUGUCCUAUUGCGCCUACGUCCAAGGAUGUCCAGUGUGGCGCGUGCCGCGGCAUAUAUCGAAAUUUCAGAUGAUGACGAGCCUAGUGUGCCAGACAAUGUGAACCUCGAUGACGACGAUGUCCAAGCUGAUGAGUCUGUCAGGGACAUGGCGGAUUGGGUGGAUCCUGCUGAUGGAGCGGACGAGCUCAAUACUCUGCAGGUACCUAUGGAGUCAAUUGCAGGCCCAAAGCGUGCUCGAAGCAACACUCAGCUAUCUGUCGACAAUGCAAGCGAGAAUGAUGCACCUGCCCCAAAACGUGUCAAAAGUGAGCCUGCUAACUUUGCUGCAUCACCAUCAGGUCUUUACCUGUUUUCCGUGCCAGGGUCUCCUCUUCGCGAAGCAGGACCGUCGUCUUGGGCCAGCCGCUCGUCAAACAGGGUUUUGGGACAAAGGAAACUUGCAGUCGCUUCAUCUUCCGUCAAGAAGGGCUUUGCGCGUCCUGCGAUGCCCGCUUACAAGCCAUGGUUUUAA